GCGCACACUCAGUUCCACGGAACAAAAAAUAGCAAUAGUCCCGCACUAUUCGCGCCCACUCAGUUCGAAAGAACAAAAAAUAGCAAUAGUCAUGCACUAUUCGCGCCCACUCAGUUCCACGGAACAAAAGUCGCAAUAGUCACGAACUAUUCGCGCCCACUCAGUUCCACGGAACAAAAAGUCGUCAAAAAUAUUAUUCCUGCCGCCAGGAAUUGAACUCGCGUCCCUCCUCCGCCAGACAAGUAAGAUCACCAGUAGGCUGUACACGCGUCUUGUGAUCCUCAGACGCACCACUAUUAUUUUAACAACUUUUCGAGCCGCUUCGCCAACAUAAAGCUAAGUACUCUGUCCCUCUAUCAUUAUUAAAUAUUGAAAUAUUUUACUUGCCUGAGCGUUAAUGGUGCUAAUGGGGGGCUACACGCCUUAAUGGAAUACACCAACUCGGGGGCAAGACGCAAGAAGCUGGCACCGCGUCAGUCAAACGCGCCACCAGCUGGGGGGCAACUGGGGUACAUAGGGCUCCACCCAGAAUUACCGACGAAGAUUUAAAAAUAUAUAUAUAUAUAUAUAUAUAUAUAUAUAUAUAUAUAUAUAUAUAUAUAUAUAUAUAAGCUAGCGAUGAGUUAAAACUCACCACCAGCUUGGGGGGCAAUUGUUGGGGGUGUUACUAAAUACUUCGUGCACAGACUAAGUAAUGGAGCGCACAAUCAGCAAUGGCAACACUCGGUAUCCGCUACAGGUAUAUAAGGGCUUGAAGCCCUCCAAAGAAUGAGACUUCUCUCUCUCUCCCCUCACUUUCCACUUUCUAUCUAUCUCUCUACAUUUUAUCUCUCUAUCUAUUCUCUCAACUCUCUCCACAAACAUACACUGACUUGAUCGUCGGAGCUUAAUCCGGGGGGCAACCCCGGCUCUUUCACAGGUUCUCUCCCUCCCGACGAGAUCGGACGAACAGAUGACGAGUCAACCCACACCAACAAUCAUUAUUGUUCCAGCCACGAGCUAGUUGGCACAAACAGAAAGGUAUCUUUCAUUUUUAUGAUAUUAUCUGUUUUUUUUUAAAGAUAAUACUAUAUUAUGAAUUGAAUUUAGAUCAAAUCAAAUUAAAAAAAAAAUGGUUGUGAACAAUGCCACUUGCAUGAGCCAUGAAUAAGGGCUUUCUUUUAUUCUUGUUAUAUUGUGGUUUAAGUUUAACACGCUAAUCUAUGCAAUUUGAAGAAAAUUUGAACAAAAUGGGAGCAGUAAUUGUAACAUUAGUUAUUUCAAAUUUCAGUGAUUUUUUGUGUAUUAAAAAUCAACAUUGAAUGCAUAAACUGGUAGCUGCCCAAAGUUUGGUGGCCAAUCCUGUAAUAUUCCAUUUCUAACUCAUUCUUCAUCAAGGCUCACAAGUCAAAACUGCUGAGGCACCAGCAGAGAUUCUGUUAUAUAACUUAUAUUAGUUAUAUUUCAAAAUUCAGUAAUAAAUCGGUUAAGAUCAAAUAUUUGGUGAUUAAGAUGUUAACUACCCCAUAGUUUAGUGAUCCAUUAUGUAAUUCUCCCUUCUUCAUUCUUCAAACAGCUCACAGUCAGAGCUGAGCUCGAGAACGAGAUCUUCCUCAAAUUUUGUCGAUUUGACUUUUUUCCGAUGCGCCGGUGAUAGCAAGCAAUCUUCGAUCCGGAUCCGCCAGCUUCCGUUAGUCUUUUAGCCGUAACGUCUGACGCCUGAACCCUCUCACCGCCCGCCGACGGUAAGUUUCCCCCCUUCUUUCUUACCUCCGAUACGGUAAUUGAAAAUCUUUUAAAACCGUCUCUUGAUUUUGGUUUUUCAAUUGGGCUUUCGAUGUUUCUCAGAACUAGCUUUGCCACUCGGGAAAGCUUGCAUCUUUAUGGUCGUUAGGCGGUAAUGGCGAUUUCUUCUUUUUUAUUAUAGGCGGAGUUCACAGAGCCCAUAAAAACAGAGCAUUUUCCCAUUUCUAGAUUCCGAGUAAUCACUAGCUCAAUCUAAUUCGACCCUAGAGAAGAGCGCAUUUGAAAGGUUAGGGUUUUCUCAUUUUGCGAAUUUGGUUCCCAAAUCAUGGAGGAACUAGAUGAUGGUUACUCGAUGAACAGUCCAAGAACAGUCCUGAGCUUCUCAAAGAGAGAGAACCAGAAGAGGAGAACAACAAGGGGAGGAUCAUCUGAUUUUCUCCAUCAUCACACUACCACGAGCAGCCGCCGUCACCCUUCAUCAGCCUCCGGUCCAAAACCUUCAGAAGUUUACGGCUUUGUAGGCUCCAUCACCACCAUUGUUGCUACAGUCAUCUUCCUGGCGUGGGCUUAUGUUCCUGAACCCUGGCUGCACUCCAUUGGCAUCUCUUACUACCCCAACAGGUACUGGGCACUAGCUGUGCCAACUUAUGGUAUGGUGGCAAUUGUGUUGGCAUUGGCUUUCUACAUCGGUCUCAACUUCAUCUCGACGCCUUCCACAACUUCGAUGUCCAUGGUGUUUGAUGAGUUCACCCGGGAAGCCGCCGAUGAUGUCAAGUUGGCACCAGGGGAUCAGCAGCAGCAGGAGGCAAUCAAGCCGAUUUCAGAUAUUCCUGUCUGCAAAGUUAACAAUCUCAUGUUUGGAGGAGACUCUAAAAGAGUAAUGGAUAGAUUGUGAUUUGUGAAUACACUUAGAUAUGGUGAUUUUGAGCUGAAUCAUAGAUAGAAUUAUACAGAGAACUUUUGAGACAAAUCUCCAUCUUAAUGCCAAUUUACAGCACAAAAUCCCAACAUAAACCAGCAAAGGAAGACCUUGGUUCGAAGUAAUGAGAAUGAAGAAGGCUACUGGACUCUGGUGAAUGAAGCUGCUGCAACUUAUGCUGUUCAUGUAUCUGCAGACAGAUAUGCCUCAGAUAGCGCAAUCAUCCGAGGAAGAGCGUCUCGGAGAUGUGCAGAUCCUGCAUCUCAUGCCUGCAAAGAAAGAAAUUUCCAUACG